GGCAGAAAGGACGGGCCCGGGAUCCCUGAGUCGCAGGAUCGGAGCUGGGGAGCCAGGCCAGGGGUUGGGGGCGCACCGGGGCGCGCACGCGCCGCCGGUGCUCCUGCCGCACAGAGGGAGUGGUCACUGUGCGCCCUCUCCACGACUCCAGGCGGCCCCUACAGCCGCGCCCGCGAACCCCCAGACUGAGCUCCCCGCCUUCCCCGGCGGCAGGAAGUUGGCGCCGAAGAGAAGGCGGAUCCGAGCGCUUUCGGCCAGAGACUGGGAGGCAGAACGGCCUGGCCAUUACCCGGUUCUGAGCCCAGUGACCUCUUACUGAGCCUCUGGGAAGAAGUUAGGACGGCCUUGGUGAAGCUCUGACAGCCCCAUGGCCCUAGCCGGCCACUGAGCCCCACCAUGGGCAGCCUGUACUCAGAGUACCUAAGUCCCAGCAAGGUCCGGGAACACUAUAAUUACACCAAGGAGACGCUGGACACUCAGGAGACGCCCUCCCGCCAGGUGGCCUUGGCCCUCAUCAUCAUCCUCUGCUUCGCCAUCGUGGUGGAGAACCUGCUGGUGCUAAUUGCAGUCGCUCGCAAUAGCAAGUUCCACUCAGCCAUGUACCUGUUCCUGGGCAACCUGGCCGCCUCGGACCUACUGGCAGGAGUGGCCUUCAUAGCCAAUACCUUGCUCUCGGGCCCGGUCACGCUGGGGCUGACACCGGUGCAGUGGUUUGCCCGAGAGGGCUCCGCCUUCAUCACGCUCUCCGCCUCUGUCUUCAGCCUCCUGGCCAUCGCCAUCGAGCGGCACGUGGCCAUUGCCAAGGUCAAGCUCUACGGCAGCGACAAGAGCUGCCGCAUGCUGCUGCUGAUUGCUGCCUCGUGGCUCAUCUCACUUGCUCUCGGUGGCCUGCCCAUCCUUGGCUGGAACUGCCUGGGCCACCUCGAGGCCUGUUCCACCGUUCUGCCGCUUUACACCAAGCACUAUGUGCUCUGCGUGGUCACCAUCUUCUCCGUCAUCCUACUGGCCAUUGUCGCUCUGUAUGUCCGCAUCUACUGCGUGGUCCGCUCCAGCCAUGCCGACGUGGCUGGCCCCCAGACUCUGGCCCUGCUCAAGACGGUCACCAUCGUGCUGGGUGUCUUCAUCGUUUGCUGGCUGCCUGCCUUUAGCAUCUUGCUCCUGGACUAUGCCUGCCCCGUCCGGUCCUGCCCUGUCCUCUACAAGGCCCACUACUUCUUUGCCUUCGCCACCCUGAACUCAUUGCUCAACCCGGUCAUCUACACGUGGCGCAGCCGGGACCUGCGGCGGGAGGUACUGCGGCCGAUGCAGUGCUGCCGGCGGGCGGCGGGGGUUCAAGGGCGGCGGGGGGGGACCCCGGGCCAUCGGCUCCUGCCUCUCCGCAGCUCCAGCUCCCUGGAGAGGGGCACGCACAUGCCCACGUCACCCACAUUUCUGGAGGGCAACACAGUGGUGUGAGGGGCAAGUGGGCUGCCAGGCCAUGGUAGCGGGCUCCAUGGAGAGGCGCCGGGUGACCUCGGACAGAGAUGGGGGGGCUGCCAAGCAAGAUGCCCCCACGCCACAGACCUGGGUGAUAUUGAAAAUAUUUCACCCCGGGCACAGCCGGCUGAGACACCGACCUGUCGGAUGGCGGAGCUGCAGCAGGGUCAGAGGCUAGUGUAGUAGCUGAAGUGACCCCCCCCUUCAGACCUGAAUCAUGGGGAGACUCCAGGGGACCAGGAAGGGGCCUAGGUGACAGCAAGCAAGCACUUGGGGAGCUCAGGGCAGGAACAAUUUACAACCCGGUACAAGGGAUUUCAACAUUUCACGACUCUCUGACCCUCUGCCCUGUACAGAACUUCCUUCUCUGAAUCCAGCCCCCUCCCCCCCCCCCCACCCCCGGCCUGUCACCUUUUCCUGGCAACCUCAGGCCACUUCCCCAGAACCAUUGUCCCAAAGGGCUGGAGGCCUCCUCCCUGACUGUCCUGGUCGGCCCCGGCUGACAGUUGCAAAGCCCAAAUCCACAGCUUCCCCAAAUUUCACCAGCUGCCCACUUUGGCUGCUUCUUCCCUUUCCUCUGUCUCUCCACGAGAUGCUGGGAAACCACAGGGGGUGGGGUGGGGGGGCGGCGCGGCUGGAUGCUAUUCUCAGACCUCAUUGGCCAAUUGCACUAUCUGGGACACAAAGGAGUCACCAAGGGCUGGAAAAACUGGUCUGGGGGAGCUGAGGAGGGCUCUAGGCCUCCUGGUGGGAAAGGAUGGAUGGAACUUGAGAAAGUUCUAGGGGAGCUAUUGGCACAGGACCCCCAUUCCUAAACGCCCCCCCCCAAGCUACUCCCAGGUCCAGCCCAGCCAAGGUACCCAGAUCUCCUGAGGCAGGGCAGCCUUGAGCCUGCUGUGCCUCCUUUCGAGUUGUAUUGUAUGGAGAAACAUGGGGGUGGGGGGACCAAGGACAACGCUUGUGGGGUGCUCUCCCCUCACCUGCCCCAGAAGGACUUUGCUAAUUCCUUGGAUAGAUGGAAGGGACGUUGCGGUACAAAUGUAUAUUUAUGUGUGUCUGUGUACACGUGUGUGUGAUGUGUGUGAUCUCCUCUCCCCACCGUGCUUCCCCAGAAUGGAUGCUACUGUCGUCUCACGUCUGUGUUGAAGCUGCCAAAGAGGGGUCCGGCCCCUGCGCAGACCCCUUUGUAAUUACUGGCUCAUCUCCCCGCUUGAGAGCUGGGGUACAGCUCGCCUCGGGGAAGGAAACCUCAUGCCUCAAAGCCAUUUCUUGUGAAUGCAAAGGCUGGGGGAGGGGGCCUUGGGGGGCAAGGAGCCAGUUGGGGGCUUAUCUCCCCCCAUACAGCUCCCCAGAUGCCCCCCGUGCCUGAGACCCGGGCCCAGGCCAAUAAACGGUUCAAUCCCUUGUUUCGGUGGUUGCUGUCUUUGGAGGCUUAAGGCGCCCUGGCCGUUGCCCUAACUAGCACCCGGUGGCUGGAGGGUGGACGGGAUGGGGAGGGUGGACGGGAUGGGGAGGGUGGCUUCUGCCCAGGCCACUCAUCCUUUGCCAGCCUUCCUAUUCUGUGCCCAACUCCGAGCCCUGCCCAAGCCAGGAUUGCAGUGGCUUCUGAGAAAACAGGGUAAAUGCUGACCUUUCCCCUAGGGCAUCUGUCUGGCCCUUCCCAGUGAUUAAUUAGACUCCAGGCCUCCCUGCUUCCCUUCAAAGAGAGCUUGGCGGUGUGGGGAGGUCCCCUACUUCACCUCAUGUCAUGUACGUGUUCCAUCCUGGGAGAUGGUCUUGGGCGACAUGGGCCCAGAUAACCCUCCAGGGCUCAGUCUUCCCCAAAGGAAUGGGUAACUUCCAUCAAGCACUUCCCAAGACAGGAAUCCUCAGAAGGUGGGAGUUACUAUGAACUAUGGUGGAGAUGUGGGUUCAGAGAAGGUAAGUGAGCCGCUCAGGGUCACACAGCUAGUUGGGGCAAGCGCCGUCUGCAUAUGAACUCAGGCAGGAACAAUUUACAACCCGGUACAAGGGAUUUCAACAUUUCACUGGGCUGCCUCUGGGUCCCACCGGCCCCACCACUGGGCCAGAGAGAGUAUCCUCCACCCCCUCUUUGCCAUGGAAAGAGUGGGGAAUGUGAGCUGCCAGACCCCAUCCAGAGCCGGGAGAAACCCAGAUGGGACACAGCUUGGGGGGGGGAGGUGGUGUUCCUAGCUCAGCUCCAGGCUGACACUCCCUUCUGCCCAGAGGCACAGGGCCCAGUGGCUCCUUUGAAGAUAGAUUUGGAGCUUUGAUGGGGAACCCAGUCCCCUAAGCUAGAGCCCCACCCAGCACACCAACGCAAACCCUAGAGCCAGUGUGAGAAGGAGUGGGGCAGACAACCGCCAGAGGCUGAGAGGUCUGCACUCCCCAUCAGAGUCCCCCUCCUUUAGCAGUUCACAGCCUCUGUUUGGAAACCUGAGCCCCAGCUGAGUGAAAGGAGCAGAAGAGGUAUCCGCCAGGCCAGAGUCAAUAGAUUUGCCCCAGAUACACACCUGCUUUCUCUAUCGCCUCCUUCUGGGCCUCUGCUCAGUGAUCGCCUCCUCCGAGGGGCCUGCCCUGACCAUCUUCUACUAAGCCCCUCUCCUGCUUAUCACCUGGGAGGAUAUUAUAGAUCGGUUUAUCUGUCUCCUCCGCUCCACUAAACUGUGAGCACCUUCAAGAUAGGAUGGCAUCUGUCUUACCACUGUGCCGCUAGCAUCUUAAAUAGUACUUGGCAUGUUCCCACCGCAGGGCCUUUGCACCUGCUGUUCCCUCUGCCUGGACCCAUCUUCCCCCACAUACGCCUGUGCCUUUUCUCUGCUCCUUCUGGCCUGCAAAAAAAUAUCACCCCGGGUGAGGCCUCUGGCCGUGCGUACAUUUCUGGUCCUAUCUGCUCGCCUUGCUACUCUCUUAUAUGCAACAGAUUUUGCUUUUUUUUUAGCCUGAUUAUUUUCUACCGCCCCCUUUGGAAUGCCAGUUCUGUGACAGCGGGGGUUUGUGUCUGUCAUGUUCACUGCUUGGCCCCAGUGCUCAGAACGGUGGUGAGGACACAGCAGGUGCUCAAUAAAUGUUUGUCAAAUGAAUAAAAGCAAAAGCGCAUGCUGGUCUUUUC